GCACCUGCGGAGAAAGGGGCCUGUCUGCUCUUGGGAAUUUGAUCCCGAGGGAGUCAGGCCCAAGACUUCGGGGAGGUGGGCAUGAGGGAGAGUGGGGGGCUUUUAACCCGCUGCAAGAACCGAGCAGGGAAGGGGAGCGGGGCGAUGGUGCUACCUCUGCCGUGAGUAAGCUGGAGACUGAGGGCACCUGGGUGUGCGGUGCGGAGCGCUGUGCUAGGGAGAUCCAGGCCGGGUUUUGCCUGCUCCUGGAGGGAAGCAAGAAGCUGGGAAGGCGGCGCGAGCGGUGGUGAACAGGUGGAAAAGGACAGCCAAGCCAGCUGGGCAGGAUGAGGCAAAAGACCCCCAGGCCUAACCAGAGAUGAGGAACUUGAGGCACGUGACUCACCCCAGGCCAUUUAGCCCAGCAGAGCAAGGGCUAAGUUUCCUGACCUCCAGGCCAGUCUUCAGUGCCUGACCUAAUGGCAGUUUGUGAGACACAGGAUAAUGGUAUAUGCCCUUAUCUAUAUGGCGGCUUGGUACUGGGGGGGCUCCUGCUCCUGGCUGUGGUUAUUCUGUUCGCCUACCUGUGUCGGACCCAGCGGAGAGAAGUCCCCAGCCAUCCACACAUGCUCUGGGUGAGGAAGGUGGUAGAAGUCGGUGGGAAAGGGAAGGGGAAAGUGUCCAGAGAGGCCAGGACUUGGGCCACGGGAACCACAGGGAAGUCAGCCGUGAGGAGGCUGGAGAGGACCUGGCACCUUGUGCCCGGGCCCCAGGCCCAGCUCUCCGAGCAGGAGCUCCACUAUGCAUCUCUGCUGAGGCUGCCAGAGCCCUGCCGGCAGGAGCCUACCCUCAACAACAGGAAAGUCACCAAGGAGGACCCCAGCACCGACUACGCCUGCAUUGCCAAGAACAAACCCACCUGAGCACCCCCAGUGGCCUCUCUCUUCCAGGCGGGAGGUCAGGGCCAUCUGUGGUUCACCCAGUAAAGACAACAAUCUCA